UAUUCGUGGACAUCGUGCUCAUCCUUCUAUCUGGUCUGCAACGUUCCGGGGGAUUCCUUUUUGAAAUCGUUCAUCCCCCUCGGUGUGAUAUUUGACAGGUCCCUUUGUUGGGUGGAGUCAAGUCCAGAAUUGUCGACAUUAGAAUCAUCACUGGUAUUAUUUCAGGUCAUCAUCAUGAAGGACAGUGUGGUAACCAACAGCACAGCCAGUAUCUCACAUGCCAGGAAGGCUGUGGAGCAACUGAAGAUGGAGGCGUGUAUGGACAGGAUAAAGGUUUCCAAAGCAGCCGCUGACCUGAUGGCGUACUGCGACGCGCACAUACGCGAUGACCCACUCAUUGUGCCGGUGCCUGCUUCAGAGAACCCCUUCCGGGAGAAGAAAUUCUUCUGCACCAUCCUCUGAUGCCCGAUAGGGGGCAGACCAGCCCUAGGCCGGGCCCUGGUUCAGGCGUGGAAUAACGCCUGCCGUCUCCUCUUCUGUCUUCACAACACCUGAAGCUAACAACACGCUGUGAAAGAAACCAGGAAGUGGCUGCCCUCUCAACCUUGUAGUUUUUCAACUUUUGUAGUUUUUUUGAAUGGUCUUCAAGUGCAACUGUAUGAAAAUGUUCUUCAUGAAGAAAAAAAAAACUUGAUAAAAGGCAUCUGAUAGAUGUAAAUUCAUUCACAUAUAGUUUUAUGUAUAUCUUAAAUGAUCAAGUUUUUAUUUUUUUUAUUAUAUAACCUUGAAGCUCAUUCAAAAGUUUAUGGGAUAGUGUCUGGAAGUAAAGUUUAUGGGAUAGUGUCUGGAAGUAAUGUGAAAGUGUUCAUCAGUUUUAAAGAAAACUAGCCAAUGUUAAUGCAGGUGUGACAUUCUACUGGCUAUUGUUGAGGUUAAGCUGAGGUUGCCAGGUGUGGACUGGGUGGUGGGUGAGGGCUGUCUCUGCUGUGUUUGGUGGGGCGGGUUACAGUUUCCUGUAUUGUUUCAAACUGUUGGUUUCUUCUUAUUGCCUGGGUAUUGUUACAGAAUAGCCUUGAACAGUGCUUUAUGUAGGGUUGCAAAAUCCUGGUAACACUCCCAAAACAUGGUUUUCCAGAAAUUAUGAUUUACAAUGGACUAUGGGAAUCUAGAAAUCUCUUGGGAAGAUUUCUGGAAAACUGUUGGGGGGGUAAUUGUAAUUUUGCAACCCUUUAUGAUGAGAUAAUAAUCUUUUUAUUAUUACUAUGUCUUUUGAGAUAAUGGUUUUUUAUUAUUAUUUUUUAGCCCAGUAUUUUAUAUAGUCUUGGAUCUUGAAAAUAUAGACUUUGUUAAUCCAUCCCUAGGAUGAGGUGUAAAUAGCAUGUUAGCUCAUGUGUUGUUUUUCCAACAUAGUCCCAUCUGGUGUUUUAGUAGGAAGGUAACAGUCACACUAUAUAUACAUCCCCAAACAACCCACCUGAGGCCUUGUUCCACCUGAGGCCCUGUUCCACCUGAGAUCCAACUCUUUUAUACACAGUAAGCAUCUGCUCAAGAAUGGGGGGAAACAAGCUUUCAUCCAGGAGGAUGGGGCAGGAAAUGGGCAACAAGCAGUAAUUCUAACCGUAGAACCAAAAAUGAGAAGACAUUUUACGGCAUUAUACAGCAUCAAAUUAAUACAUAUAACUGGGGGUGUAACAGUGAAAGUCACGGUUUGGUACGUACCAAAGAUUUUAAGGGACAGUUGAAUACAAUUUUGUUACAGUGGGAAAAGACACGCAAAACAUGACAUUUCUUUUAAUUUAUUAUUACAAUUACAGCAUUUUGCAGUUACUCACUGGCAGAGGCGUCGCUAGGAUCACAAUACAAUCAGGGCUUACCUGUUCCAAAAAAAGUGCUAACUCUGAGUUUGACAUUCCUGGCCUUGCUAACAUUAGCUUAGGGUUCCUGGUUGCUAGCUAUAGACAGCUAGUCUACCUGGGGAUGUCCAUCUGCUUUUUGGGCUUUCGCUUGAUUUUCUCAUCGCUAGCCACUUGUGGGUAUGUACACUUUGUUGUGUUUAUCAGUGCCGGGAGUUCAUGUUUACAAGCUCCUAUAGCUAGCUAGCUAAUACAGCUACAUAGUAGUAGUAUGAAGUCAAUCCACACAGGUAGGAUAUCCAAUAAUUAGGUUAAUGAAAUUGGAAUUGCUCUAUAGGAGAUGUCUGGAAAAGUGUACCUGACAUACCUUUCUGAUUGGCUGUUGCCCACCACUGGCAAGUGAAAUUACAUGUUCUAGGCUACUUCAGUUGCUAUGUUACAGCUCCAAGAUCCGUCUCCGGAGGGAAACUCAUUCAGAAUGUUAGUUUCACACAAAGAAAGAAACUUAUGUGGUUAAAACUAGGCUAUAUUCAUUCGGAUCACAACGCGUACCCAACCGAAUGUCCUGUACUGAACGGUACGGUACGGACACGUGUGCUGUUACACUCCUACAUAUAACCAUUAAAACGGAUCUGACUCAUUUUAUAGGAUCUUAUUUUCUUCUGGUGUCGCCCAGGUCUGGGUACCAGGUCCUCUUUAAUGUCUUACUACUGGUGUCCCCCAGGGCUUAGUACCAGGUCCUCUUUAAUGUCUUACUACUGGUGUCCCCAGGGCUUAGUACCAGGUCCUCUUUAAUGUCUUAAUAAUGGUGUCCCCCAGGGCAUGGUACUAUGUCCUUUUUAAUGUCUCACAGCUGGUGUCUCCCAGGGUUAAGUACUAUGUCCUCUUUAAUGUCUUACUACUGGUGUCCCCCAGGGCUUAAUACCAGGUCCUCUUUAAUGUCGUACUACUAAUGUCCUCCAGGUCUUGGCACCAGGUUGUCUUUAACAUCUUGCUACUGGUGUCCCCCAGGUCUUGAAACCAGGUCCUCAUCAAUGUCUUACUACUGGUGUCCCCCAGGGCUUGGUACUAGGUCCUAUUUAAUGUAUAAUUACUGAUGUCCCCCAGGGCUUAGUACCAGGUCCUCUUUAAUGUCUUACUGCUGGUGUCCUCCAGGGCUUGGUACUAAAUCCUCUGUAAUCUAUCCUACAACAAUCUUAAACCAGUCAAUCCUGCUGUAACUGCAGAAUCUAACAUUUUGACAAAAGCCAUCUGAAAUUUUGAACAUGUAUUUUAAUAUUCUAUGUUGAUUGUUUCUUUAUUUGUUUCAUUUCUUCAUUUAUUUUGCUUGCCCACAUCACUGGGCUGGUUUUCUGAGCCUUUAUCGUUUUCUCUAUAUUUUUCUUGUGUCCUGAAUUAGUGAAUGGCAGUGAAUGACUGUGAAUGGCAAGGCCUUGGUCUCUCCUCUCGGCUGUGUCCCACACUAGGAUGUACAAUGUGUGUAUCUUUCCCAAAAUCUGGUGAAGUGUAGAUGGUUGAAAGAUUGUGGAUUAUUCCCUGCUGAUUUUGGGGAUGUCUCUGAAACAUCUGGGUAUUUUGGAUAUUUGUCAGCCCUAUGUCCAACACAUGUACCCCUCUGUUGUCAGAGCGGAUUUGUUUGAGUUUGUGUCACAAAUCACAUCUGAUUCCCUAGAUUGUGCGCUACUUUUGAUGAUGGCCCAUGUGGCUUUGUAGUGGACUAGUUUGGGAAAAGAGCGCAAUUUGUAGGGCAGGGUUUAGACCAGGGGAGGGCAAACAUUUCGGCUCAGGGGCCACAUCAGGAUUUAGAAAUUAAAUGGAGGGCCGCUUUUGUUUUGUAAUUUGUCAGUCAUAAAAGAUUUAUGGGCCAGAAAAGGGCAGUAAUUAAAACAUUCAUACAGUAGGUCCAUUAUCUCUAAAUAAUUAAAACCAGAUUCCAAUGUAUAGGACUGGGCUGGUGAGUUUUUUUUUUUUCCCUCAAAACUCUUUUAUUACUACUGGAUAGAACUGCCCCGUGGGCCAGAUGAAACUGCCUCAUGGGCCAGAUGAAACUGCCCCGUGGGCCAGAUGAAACUUCCUCAUGGGCCGUAUUCACCCGGCGGGCCAUAGUUUGCCCUCCUCUGGUGUAGACUAGAGAUGAUACAUCAUCAGUGCCAAUUUAUGUGAGAACAGUGGAUGUAGGAGGGGCCUAUUCUCUACAAAACUGUCAAUGUGCAGCCUUUUUAUUUUAUUUUAUAAAAGCACAAUGUGGCAAAUGUUUCCUCUUCAUAAUGGUAGUUACUCAUAUAGCAUUUGUAAAUGUUUACAAAAAAAACUAUUAAAAAAAGUCAUUGUUAUUAUUACUGGUAAUAUUAUUUAUGAUUGAUCGGAAGAGAAGCACUAAAAAAGAAAACGUGAAAUUUAGAUAGUUUAGCUAAUGACUGGAGCUUGUAUGAUACUUCGGUUUAAACCAUUUAUAAAAUGUGAUUACUGAUACUUCUUUCUGAAUCUUUUUUUUAACAAACUGAGGAUCUGUUUACAUGUUAUAAGAUCCUUGUCUUGUCCAGGUUUGAUCUGUAUCAACAGAAACUCUUUAUGUUCUGUGAAAAUCAAACAAAAUGUUUGGUGUGUUUGCAACAUUCUACUAACUUUCCCAAAAUCCAUGGAAUCCAGAAUAAACAAACAGGACAUCCUUCAACCAGGAGUUUUGGAACGCCUGUGAAUUUUCUGAGAAGUUACAGGAAUCUUGCAAUCCUACAAUAUUUCUUAAAUGUUGGUCUUGGUACUGUAUAGUAGUAGUGAGGUAUCAAACACCUUUCCCAGAACCAUCACAGAAACCAGAUAUUGAAUUUAGCUUAGUCCUUCAUUUUUAAAAAAUGUUAUUAAGAGUGUUUUUUUCUGUCUUAGUGAUCUGAGAUGUUUCUCAGGGUCUCUGAUUAUAGCUCUGGUCCACUGUCAUGGCAGAACACUGUAGCUCUGGUCCACUGUCAUGGCAGAACACUGUAGCUCUGGUCCACUGUCAUGGCAGAACACUGUAGCUCUGGUCCACUGUCAUGGCAGAACACUGUAGCUCUUGUCCACUGUCAUGGCAGAACACUGUAGCUCUGGUCCACUGUCAUGGCAGAACACUGUAGCUCUGGUCCACUGUCAUGGCAGAACACUGUAGCUCUGGUCCACUGUCAUGGCAGAACACUGUAGCUCUGGUCCACUGUCAUGGCAGAACACUAUAGGUCCAGUGUAAUAACAGAAAGUUCAGUGACACUCUGGGCCAGAGCUUGCCUCUUACACAGACCUCAGUUCCUGAUUGGGGCCAAAUCAGAACAGGAGAAGUGGAAUGUGUCCCAAAUGGCACCUUUUCUCUAAAUAGUGCAUUGUAUUACAUUUAGUAUUAUAUAGGGUUAUAUAACUUAUUACAUAGCAUUAUUGAACAUUAUGCAGUGUUAUUUCUACAGGGAACCCCUUUGAGUAACUCAUUGUAACAUUACAUAAUAUAUAUCACGUGACUAAUAAUUAUACAACAUUGCGUUAUAUAACCUUAUGUAGCAGUAUAUUACAUUACAAUAUAUACAGUGGGGAGAACAAGUAUUUGAUAACCUGCUGAUUUUUCAG